CUCCGUCCGCACGCUCACGCGCUCUCACGCGCACACAGCCAGCGCUGAUGGCUCGAGACGGACCGAGGAGCGUUACGCGUCCGGACCGGUCCAUACGGACGGAUUAAUAAAGCGCGCGCACAGGAGAGAGAGAGAGAGACUGAGAGAGGAAGAGAUAGAGGUAAAGAGAGGGAGAGAUACAGAGAGAGAGAGAGAGAGAGAGAGAGAGAGAGAGAGAGAGAGACCCUGAGAGAGGAAGAGACAGAGGUAAAGAGAGAGAGAGAGAGCGGUAAAGCGAGACAGAGACCCUAAGAGAAGAAGAGAGAGAGAGAGAGAGAGAGAGAUUGAGAGAGUUAAAGAUAUAGAGAUAAAGAGAAAGGUAAAGAGAGAGAAAAAGAGAGAGAAAGAGAGAGAGAUAUACACAGUGAGAGAAAGAGCCUGAGAGAGAGAAGUAUAGAUAGUGAGAGAGAGGAGAGAGAAUAGAGGGAAAGACUAAGAUUGGGAGAGAGAGAUACACAGGGAGAGAGAGACAGGCUGAGAGAGGGGGAGACAGAGAAGUACAGAGAAAGAGAGAGAGAGAGAGAGAAAGAUACAGAAGAAGAGAGACUGACAGAUAGAUAUAUACAAUAGGAGAUAUACAGAUAGAGAGAUAGAGAGGUAGAGUGAGAGUGUGGAUGGUGAGGAUGGUGGAGAGUAACGGUAAGGCCGGCUCCGGGCGGCAGGGGGCGCUGGCGGGUGGUCUCUCUCAGCCCGCCGGGUGGCGCUCUCUGCUCUCCAUCACUAUCCUGGUUCUGGCCUGGCUCGCCGGCUUCAGCUCCAGACUCUUCGCCGUCAUCCGCUUCGAGAGCGUCAUCCACGAGUUCGACCCCUGGUUUAACUACAGGUCGACUCAUCAUCUGACGACGAACGGGUUCUAUGAGUUUCUGAACUGGUUUGAUGAGCGGGCCUGGUAUCCUCUGGGUCGGAUCGUUGGAGGAACGGUGUAUCCAGGUCUGAUGGUAACAGCAGGUCUGAUCCACUACACCCUGAGUCUGCUCCACAUCACUGUUCACAUCCGGGACGUAUGUGUGUUCUUGGCCCCUGUGUUCAGUGGACUUACAGCCAUCUCCACCUUCCUCCUGACGGGGGAGCUGUGGAGCCAGGGCGCCGCCCUGCUGGCCGCAUGCUUUAUCGCCAUCGUCCCCGGAUAUAUAUCUCGCUCUGUCGCCGGCUCGUUUGACAACGAAGGCAUCGCCAUCUUCGCCCUGCAGUUCACCUACUACCUCUGGGUGAAGUCCAUCAAAACCGGCUCCGUCUUCUGGACCAUCUGCUGCUGCCUCAGCUACUUCUACAUGGUGUCAGCCUGGGGAGGAUAUGUGUUCAUCAUUAAUCUGAUUCCGCUCCAUGUGUUCGUCCUGCUGCUGAUGCAACGGUUCAGUAAGAGAGUCUACAUCGCCUACAGCACGUUCUACAUCGUGGGUCUGAUCUUGUCCAUGCAGAUCCCAUUUGUCGGAUUCCAGCCAAUCAGGACCAGCGAACACAUGGCUGCAGCCGGAGUGUUUGCUCUGCUGCAGGUCUAUGGGUUUCUGCAGUAUGUGAGGGAUAAGCUGACCCGGCAGGAGAGGCAGACGCUGUUCUCUGUGGGAGUUUCUGUAUCGGCUCUGCUCGUGUUCCUCACUGUUUUAUACCUCAGCUGUAUCGGUUGCAUCGCUCCAUGGAGUGGACGUUUCUACUCCCUGUGGGACACUGGCUAUGCUAAGAUCCACAUCCCCAUCAUAGCCUCCGUAUCAGAACACCAGCCCACCACCUGGGUGUCCUUCUUCUUCGAUCUGCACAUUCUGGUCUGCACUUUCCCUGCUGGACUCUGGUUCUGCAUCAAGAACAUCAACGAUGAGAGAGUGUUCGUGGCUCUGUAUGCCAUCAGCGCAGUGUAUUUCGCCGGGGUGAUGGUUCGGCUGAUGCUGACCCUGACGCCGGUGGUGUGCAUGCUGUCGGCCAUCGCCUUCUCCAGCAUCUUCGAGCGUUACCUCGGCGAUGACACGAAGCGGGAAAACCCGCCGACAGAGUAUAGCAGCGAUGAGGACGACCGCAGGAACUCCGGAAACCUCUACGACAAGGCUGGUAAGGUGAGGAAACACGUGUCGGAUCAGGAGAAGAUGGAAGAAGGUCUGGGGCCGAAUGUUAAGAGUAUCGUGACGAUGCUGAUGCUGAUGCUGCUGCUGAUGUUCGCUGUUCACUGUACCUGGGUCACCAGCAACGCCUACUCCAGCCCCAGCGUCGUCCUCGCGUCCUACAACCACGACGGAUCUCGUAAUAUUCUGGAUGAUUUCCGGGAGGCGUACUAUUGGCUGCGUCAGAACACUAAUGAGCACGCCCGGGUGAUGUCCUGGUGGGAUUAUGGGUACCAGAUCGCUGGAAUGGCCAACAGAACCACACUGGUGGAUAACAACACCUGGAACAACAGCCAUAUCGCUCUGGUGGGAAAAGCCAUGUCAUCCAAUGAGAGCGUAGCGUAUGAAAUCAUGAGGAUGCUGGAUGUGGAUUAUGUGCUGAUCAUAUUCGGAGGUGUGAUUGGAUACUCAGGCGAUGAUAUCAAUAAGUUCCUGUGGAUGGUGAGGAUAGCAGAGGGAGAACAUCCUAAAGACAUUCGGGAGAGUGAUUUCUUCACCCCUCAGGGGGAGUUCAGGGUGGAUAAGGCCGGAUCCCCCACUCUACUGAACUGCCUGAUGUAUAAAAUGUCCUACUAUCGCUUCGGAGAAAUGCAGCUGGAUUUCCGGACUCCGCCAGGUUUCGAUCGAACCAGAAAUGCAGAGAUUGGGAAUAAAGACAUUACGUUUCAGCACCUGGAGGAGGCCUUCACCUCCGAGCACUGGCUCGUCCGAAUCUACAAAGUUAAAAAACUGGAGAACCGAGAACCUCUGAGUCACAAACUCCGAGUCACCAACAUCAUCCCUAAACAGAAAUACACCUCCAAAAAGGGAGCUAAGAGGAAGCGAGGAUACGUGAAGAAUAAGCUGGUUCUGAAAAAGGGGCGGAGACUACGUAAAAAAUAAACCGCUCUGAUCAGGACUAAACCGGACUGAACAGAUAUUAUAACUGGAGGGACAGUAAACAUCAGAGAGGCCCUGCUGAGGAGGAGCAGCAUUGUACUGAACCUGAGCGCUACUGUUCAGAGAGCGCCCCCGUGUGGCAGGAGGACAACCUCACAUCCCAUAACCUCACCUUCAGUUUCUGCUACUUUUACUGCUUUUAUUUUAUAUUUUUAUUAUUGCGUGGUUUACUGUAAUGAUGAAUGUAUCUGAGGUGUGUGUGUGAGAGAGUUUCACCAAAGAGUCCAGGAUUUACGAGGAUUUCCCGGACGAUAAAGUUCAGACUGUUGUUUGGAGGAGGAGGAGGAGGAAGAGGAGGAGGAGGAAGAGUUGUGUGUUUCUGACUCGUAUAGUCGUGUUUAGUCGUAUACGGUAUGGAGGAACACAUAAAUCUAUAUAACAGCUGAUUUACAUAACAAACCUGCAUAAACAUCCAUAAAAAACUCUAUUUUUAUGUCUAUUAAAGAAGAAUCCCAAACAAAAGCAGCCUUUAUAAUAACUGACGUCUGUUCUGAUAUAUAAACAUUUAUAAAUGAUAUAAUUUAUAAUUUAUGUUUCUGACAGUAGUCAUGACGGGCUUACGCACAGGAAUAUGCAAAAGUUUGUGUACCCCUCUGUUUUAUUACGUGUUUCGGUAACACUUUAUUUGUGCCGACUAGAAAUCUUUAGUCAGAAUAUUAUUUUUUUAUAUGUAUAAAAACUUAAAAUAUUAGCUCUCACUUUUUGUUUUUAUUUGGCCUAAUUUAGGUUUUAUAUAAAAUGUUUAUGUCAGGCUGGGGUGCAGGGUAGACGAGGAGGCGGACGCAAAUUGCAAACAACAGGGGAUUUAUUAACAAAAAUACAAAAUAAACAUGGAAUUGACUGAAAACAGGACUGGGGAAACUCGGGAAAACAUGGAACACUGACAGACGAAAAACGUACAAGGAUCGACCACGGGGAAAUGAAACACGGACCUUAAAUAGAGGUGCACACACACAGGAAACAUGAAACACCUGGGACGAAGGGGCGGAGUUACAGAAGAACACAGGUGAGAGGAAAAACACAGGUAGAACACAGGGUCACGGGUCACGUGGGACAACACAGGCACGAGGACAGACAGGAAACAGGGCCAGGACCUUACAGUUUAUUGCAAGGUCUUCUGACUAUCCUUUAGAUUAAUCUUUAAAAAAAAAGUCAAUAGCACGUUUUACAUUAAUCAAACUCAUUUAGUAGGCACAGCUGUACUUUUCCCGUGGUUAGAUAGCAAAGACACUGAUGCCCUAAAUCAAGCUUAAAAAUGAAAGUGGUAAAAAUGUGGCUAUACAUUUCUUGAGAUGCUCUAUUAUGUUUGGGUGUGUUUAAUUUUGGACGUAACAUGAAAUAAACCAAUCAGAGUGUCUCUUGCUCAUCAUUCUCUUUAAGAACCAGGUGAGCUCUGACUUUGGCGGAUUGCUAUUUUAACGGUGCAGCUACCUGCACGUGUCAAACAUUUACUUUAAGCAGGGGUGACCACACUUUUGCACGUACUGUUACAAUAGGUUUAAUGCAGUAUUAUAGUAUUAUGUGCUUGAAUAUCUAUACGGAUACACAGUAACAGUCAAAAGUUUGGACACACCUUAAAUUAUGAGUUUUUUCUUUACUUUAAAAUGUUCCGCAUUGUAUAUUUUAAUACUAUACUCAUUCAAACUAUAAAGAAAACAUACUGAAGUAUUUACUUAACAAAAAUGUGUUAAACAAUCCAGAAUAUGAUUUAUAUUUUAUAUUUAUUCUCAGUCAGCUUUAUGAGGUAGAGUCACCUGGAAUUCAGACUUUCAGUUAACAGCUGUGCUGAACUCAUCAAGAGUUAAUUACUUGAAUUUCUUGUCUCUUAAUAAAGUGUUUGAGAGCAUCAGUUAAAGUAAAGUAGUGAAGAGGUAGAGUUACAGGUAUACAGUGAAUAGUGAAUAUUUGAGUAAUGUUCGAAUCCAGGUUAUGAGAAGCAACAACUACUCAACUAAUUUAAAACAAAAUGACUUUAAGAAGAAAUAAAGAUCAGUCAAUCCAGAAAAAAGAAUAUUAAGAACUUUUAAGAAUCGAAAAUGAUAUAAUGAUGGAACUGGCACUCAUCAGGACCGCCCCAGGAAAGAAAGAGUAAGAGUUUCCUCUGUUGUACAGGAUGAGUUCAUCAGAGUUUCCAGCAUCAGAAACCACGAGUUAACAAACAGCUCCCCAGAUAAGAGUAUCUAAAAGCUUCUUCACAGACUAUUUAGGUUUGUUUAACACUGUUUUUAAGUUACUACAUGAUUCCUUAUGUGUUCCUUCAUAAUCUGAUAGAUCACUUUACUGUUCAUUUACUAUGUAGAUAAAAUAUAAAAACAUUGAAUGAGAAAGUGUGUCCAAACUUUUGACUGGUGCUGUAUUCUGUAUGAAUGAUGUUAAAAAGUGUUAUAAAAUAUUGUCAUUUUAUUUUGUUUUUAAGUUGUUUAUAUAUAGUUUUUUUUUUUAUGAUGGGAGUUCACAGGGUUUAUGGGUAAGAAUGCAAUAAUCAUUAAGCUGGAUGUUCUGAAUGUGAAAAUGUUUGUUUAGAUGUUUAGUCUUUAGAAAUUAUAUAAAAUACCUUAAAUAGAAUCAUGUAGUGUUACUGUAUACAGUUAUGGAGAACACACCCCUUCCCUGAAGCUCCGCCCCCAAAUUCAUCCACAGCACAAACAUCACCCCCGGAUUUUGAUGAAUCCAAUCUGAAUACACUGUUAAUAUAAUAUAAUUACUACUGUAAUAAAAAUAUAAUUACAGUUAUUUCUUCCUGGAAAAGACUCACAGUUCUGUUCUGUCCUUAUAAUAGUUACACCACCAUAAUUAGAUUACAAAUAUCGGAAAUAUAUUGAUUUGCUAAAAAUCUAAUACAAAAUAAUAAAUAUAUAGUAAUUAUUUUUAUUAAAUUUGAUCUUAUUUCAUUGUAUUUUAUUUUAUUGUAUUUUAUUAUAUUUUAUUAAAUU